AUGUUGCGUUUACAAAUGAACCGAGCGCCUUUGGACACGUGGACCAAGCGGGAGCAUCUGUGCCUGGCGUCGUCGGUUUCCUGCAGCGGCGACCAGAACUGGAUUACAGUCAGUCGCACGUUGAAAACAGUCUGCGGCAAUGGCAACAGCAACAACAGCAGACCGGCAGAUUGGUACUCGCAGAAGAAUUGUGCGGUGCAGUACGGAAACCUGCUGGAGAGUGUGGAGGCCACCAAACGCAAGAAGCGUAGCAGUGAGAGCAGUGCUGGGGUCUCCUCCCCGGCCUCGGUGGAGACCCCAACAGAGCUGCUGCUCCGCCGGCUGACGGAGGAGCGAAUGCAGGAGAUAAAGGCGCAGAUGCGCUCCGAUCAGGAAAUGUAUCUCAAGAUACAGCGCGAGAUCGAUUCGUUGCAGUCGGACGAGGUGAACGAGCAGGAGAUGCAGGACAUGUGGCAGGAGAUCGAGAAGGAGCAGGAGACGAAACGCAUUGAGGAAAUGAAAUUGGAGAACCAAAUGCGCGAGCGGGAGCAGCGCAAAAAGGAGAUGACGGCAAACUGGCGCAACAACAGUCCCGCCGCACGGCGAUCCGUACAGACAACGGACACAACCGCCGUCGACAUGGAUGUGGAGGAUAUCAACAGCGGUGGCAACAAACAGCAGCAAUCUGGGCCGUCUCCUCUGCUCACAUCCCUGCUGAAGUCGCCCACCAGCAGCAGUCCAGCUGCUCCUCCCUCGACGCCCGGCACAGGCAGUAGUGUGGCUAGAGCUACGGCGCCCACCAUAACCUCGCUGCUGACCAGCGGAGCCAGCACUGUGUCCAGCCAGCCAGCCAUCACCAUGAAGAGCCCCACCGAUGCGGCAUUCAUGUCACGCCCCAUUUCCGGGCCACCAGCCACUGAAGCGCUCACAACCAACACUCCCACCCUGGAGCGCAGUCCCUCGCAGUCGGCUCCCACGCUCUCAAUGCUGCUGGAGAAGAACAAAGCGGCGGCGGCGGCAAAGGCUGCCGAGGCUGGCGACAGCUCGGAGAAAUCUGAAAGCGCAGCAAGCCAGGAGCAGCCUCUGCUGGAUGACGCAGGGAACGCCCUGGUCGAUGCCGAUGAGGCCGACCAGCUGCUGGAGGGGAUGUCAAACAUCGACGACAUUGACAUUGACAUGGCCAGCGUGAUCGAUGAUGAGAUCUUAAAGGAAGUGGAUGAGGCGAUUGACAUGGCCAGCGUCAUCGGGGAUGAGAUCUUCAAGGAAGUGGAUGAGGCCAUUGCCUCUCCCGUGCCCGACAAAGCCGAGGGGAUUGACUUCGAGGACAAGUUGGACGCACUAAAGCGAGAACAGACCAGAUCCACGCCCACCGGCGAAGUGGCCAAGCCAGUUGAGGUGGUGAUUGGCUCCAGUGAUGACUCCAACGAUAAUAUACCACUGGCGGCAGUUGCAUCGCAGGACAACAGCAAAGACCGCACUGUGACGGCCUCCGAAGGAAAUGGAACGCCGGAGGAUACAGAGCGUCUGGCCAGCGAGGUGGCUGUAGAAGAGAUUGGUGAGACGAUAACACUCAUCAGCACAUCCAGUGAGGACACGGCCGGCUCGCCCCCAACUAAAGCUGAGGAGGAGGUCUCUGCCGAAUCGGCCACAAAGAACGAGGAAGAGAAAUCCACAAAUGAGGCGACAACUGAAGCUGUUAGCGAAGCCGCCGACACAGCAGAAGCUACAGAGGAGUCCGAAGUUAGUCCGGAAACAACAACGGCAGCAGGUGAAGCAAAAGCAAGCCAGGAGAAAGCCGACAAGCAGCAGACGCUGGAGGAAAAGACUGCCACACUCUCGGCACCGGUUGCUGUGUCCCUGCACGACACGGACGAGGAGACCUCUUCGCUGACGGACAGCAGCAAGCAGGACGAUCCGCCGCGCAGUGUCAGAUCUAAGCAGCAGCAAGCCGCCAAGCAUUCGGCCACCGAGGAGCACUCCAAAGCUGACCAGGAACAGGCUGGAACUCCCCAGCCCCCCUCGGCACCGGCUCGAGCACCGCUUCUGCGCAAGCUGCCCCAUCGCGAUCGCUCGGAGAGCCCCAUGGUGGACGACGAUGCAACGACAGCCAGCGACCAUUCGACGGCCAGAUCGAGCACACGGCGCCGAUGUUCAUCGACGCCAGUGAUCGACAGCAUACCCAACUCGCCGGCCUCCAGCGAGCACACCGACGAGAAGCGCGAGACCCGAGCCGCCACCAAGAAGCUCUUCCUCUCCAUCUAUGCGACGCUGCAGGAGAGCAAGCACGCAGCCCCCUUCCGUCGACCCUUUCACGACGAGCACGCCCAGCGACAUGCGGAGAUCUGCCUGCGCCACAUGGACCUCCCCACCAUCAAGCGCAACAUCGACUCUGGCCUGAUACGCAGCCUAAACGAGCUGCACCGCGAUGUGCUGCUCAUGGCCCACAACGUGCUGCUGGCCUACAAGCCCCACACCACGCAGUACAAGACGGCGCGUCUGUUCCUGGAAGAUGUCCAGGCGCUGAAGGAGUUCUCGGUGGUGCCGGAGACGGCAGCCAACAGCAGCGCCAGCAACUCCACUCCGGCAGCCAACAGCAGCGGCAGCAGCAGCAGCAGAGCUGAGCGGCCACACGGCAGCAAGGCUCGAAGUGGGUUCAGGAAGAGCCAAAGGCAUCAUUAGCCAGGGGAGGAGGAUAGCUCACAAAAGAUUCCUCACCAGAUAAGUAUUCCAUAUCGAGUGCACUCACAACUACCAAUUUAGGGAACAUUUUUACGCAUUUCCAUCCACAAUAAAUAAUUCAUAACAUUUCAUUAGUCGAAAAA